AUGGACGCGGCGGUGUACGUGAACGCGAAGCAGUACGACGCCAUCGUGCGGCGGCGGCAGAAGCGCGCGAGGGCGAACGCGACGAGGACGCCGGGCGUCGUCAACGCGAAACAUCCGUCGCGGUCGGCGCACGCGAAGAACAGGAUUCGCGGGAAGAAUGGGAAAUAUUUGACCCGCGAUGAAUUGCUGCGCGGGCUGGGGGGGCCCGAGGGACGGGCGCGCGCGGAGGCGCGCGAGCGAGAGAUCGCCGAGCGCGAGGCGAAGCGCGUCGAACGCGCCGCGGUGCGGGAAGCCACCAAGGCGCGCGCGCGCGCGCAGCGCGCCGCCGCCGACGCCGUGCGCGCGGCGAAAAAAUCUAGAAAGUGA